GGGCCCAAACGGAGGCAGCUCGGCAUACGCCGUAAUCUCCACCCCCGUACGCCCUAUACAGCGUCCAACGCGGAGGCAGCCACCAAACCAGUAUCGACAAGACGUCAAAACCCUAGGCCGGCGACGCGUUCCCCUCUCUCGCCGCCGGAUUCCCCUCCGCCCGCGCGUCUCGCGGACGUCUUCGCGCUCUCCGGCUGCUCUCCCCGGUUCGCCCACCACCAGCAAUGUCUUCUCAGAUGGAUAACCGCAUCCAGUCCGCUGGAAAGCGCGCGCGCACAGACGGUAGCCGGCGUGAGGACGACUGGAUUUGCCCCAGCUGCAACAACGUCAACUUCGCGUUCCGCACCACCUGCAACAUGCGCAACUGCGACCAGUCCAGGCCCGCUGAUCACACGAAGGCUAUGCAGACUCCACCCCACUACUCGGUGCCGGGGCGGUACAUGCCGCCGGGGACGCCUCCGUCCAUGUACCUCACUGGGGCUCCUCCCCCGUAUGGCUCCAACCUUUAUAAUGGGCAUCCCAUGCCACGCUAUGGCAUUCCUCAGCUCCCCCCGGGCUCUGGAUAUCCGUAUGGCUAUGGUGGGCGAGUCCCGAUGGGGAGCCCCUAUGGGCCAAUGCAUAUGGCGGCGCCACCCCCGUAUUCUAGUGGUUCUAUGGUUGGUGCAGGUGGAAUGUACAGCAUCAGCAUGCCCAUGGAUAGAUAUGGCUUGGGCUCACCCGCUGGUCCUGGGGCAAUGGGCACAAGGGCUGGUUCCUAUUCUGACGAAGGCUCACAGAAGAAAUCUGCUGGAGCUGGACGUGAUAAUGAUUGGAAGUGUCCUAAUUGCAACAACAUUAACUUCGCCUUUCGGACAGUCUGUAACAUGAGAAAAUGCAACACACCAAGACCUGACACCCAGGGAUCCAAACCUGACAGUUCAAGAGCUCCAAAACCAAAGACUCCAGAGGGUAGCUGGAAGUGUGAAAAGUGCAAUAACAUAAACUAUCCUUUCCGGACAAAAUGCAACCGUCCAAGUUGUGGGGAAGAAAAGCCGUUGCAGGCAAACAGUCCUGAUAAUCUGGCUACAGAUCAGGACAAUCAGCUAAUGCAAGUUUUACCAAUCUGAUGUUUUUGGAUCAAAGAGAUGAUAGAUGAUGGAAGAGUGAGUUGUGCAUAAUCGCAUUGUGGAGUGUGCAUAACCUCGCAUGCUUGGUUGGAUUGGUGCUCUUUGACUGACUGGGUGCCAUUGAAAUUAGUUUUUGUCAUGUAAUAUGGGGAAGCUUUUAUCAAAGCUGCAACUUUCACAUGACUUUGAAGACAGCAGUGUCCUAAUCGAGAAGGAUGCUCCCGGCCACGCUGCUGGACUACCGGUACCGACAAGUUCGCAUGCCCUGCGAAUGGCAGCUCUCAGUGAGCUGCAACACAGUUUAUAAGAUGACAAGUAACCAUUUCAUUUUUCUUUGAAAUCGUUUGUACUGUGUGGACCCUUCAAACUCUGUAUCAAGCAAGCAAUCGACGGUGUUGCUCACCGCCAUCUUGGUACGGACUUGGAUUAAAAGCUUGGUUUAGAUUUGUUUGGAGUGCAUAUUUUACUUUUGUUCUCAUUCUUACGAUUUUCUUAUAAUUGUAUAAUUGAGGAUUGGUUGGCUUUGAUGAUUUGUUAUAUGUUUGUUUGAGUCUGAUAUAAACUAUUCUGAUUCUGUUACA